AGCAGGGAUGGAGAAGGGUGGGCAGGACAGGGCAGCACGUGUGCUCAUAGCAGGAUCAGGGCCCGGCCCCGUGUGGCCCUUUCCGAAGCCUUUGGGCAGAGGAGACAUUUGUGCGGGCCCACACGGCCACAGUCGGGCCCGUUUGAAACAAGAGUCUGGGCGUUUCAGGUCCUCCGGGGCCUUCAAGAGUAAUUUCCUGUCCACGCCUGCGCAGUGGCAGCUGGGCUGAGGCGAGGCAAAGGAUUGGACAGGCGCGCACGCAUGCGCCCUUGCGCAUGUUCGCGUAUUUUCCGGAAGUGAGGACUAACUAGCUGUGAGCACCGUCGAGGGGAAGCAGAGUUUCGGGCCGCCGUCCUGAGACCUGCUCCUCUAGGAGUCCUGCCCAGCCCAGCCCAGCAAGGCCCCAAGCCAUGUCAACCAAGGAAGAGAAAGACAUGGAGAGGAGUGCCAAGCGCCCAAGGGUUGAUCCAAAUCUCCCAUCAGAUGACUCCCAGAACCCAGAUGCCAUCAUGCCCGCAAAGAAUCCAGCAGUUGAUACCAGUGAGGUGGGCAGCUGUUACUCAGGAUCAGAUGUGCAAGAGGCGAGGGAGCCUGUUCAGAAGAGGACACAGGAUUUCAAAGGUAGCAUUAUCCAGUCCCUUCUGGCAAAGAGGAAGCAGUUUGAAAAGGACAUAAAUGCCUCUUUCCGAAGCCUGAACAAAAACCUGCAGAGUAUUUUCAGAACCCAACAGAAGUCAAGGCAGGAACUUCACUCCAUGCACUCACAGAUAUUUGAGUCCCUGUAUCACAAGUGGCUGGACGAGGUGGGGAGAGCAAGGGAGCAAGAAGACCACCUCAACGAUUUUUGCACAGGCCUGACAAGACUAUCGCAAUCUGUGACUGGUCAGACCAUGCGUAUAGCUCAGCAACAGAUGAAGAUCUUACAGAAAGCUAUAGAGGAUCAUGAAACCAAGAUUGAAAACGCUAAAGAUCUAUGCAAUGCAUUUUUGAAGGUCUGGUAGAGUGCACUCGUUGA